AUGGGAAACAUGUCCACAACUAAGGUCUGGAACGGCUUGUCAGUGACCAUGUUCAUCCUCCUGGGAUUUGCAGACCAUCCAGAACUCCAGGCCCUCUUUGUGACCUUCCUGGGCAUCUGUCUUGUGACCCUGGCCUGGAAACUGGCCCUCAUCUUUCUGAUCAGAGGUGACACCCCCCUACACACACCAAUGUACUUCUUCCUCAGCAACCCAUCCUUCGUUAACAUUCGCUACUCUUCCACAGUGGCUCCCAAAAUGCUCAUUGACUUCUUCCAGGAGCAGAAGACCAUAUCAUUCUUGGGCUGUGCUGCUCAGUUCUUUUUCUUUGUCGGCAUAUGUCUAACUGAGUGCUUCCUCCUGACUUCUAUGGCGUACAACCGAUACGCCACCAUUUCCAGCCCCCUGCUGUACACUGCUAUCAUGUCCCAGGACCUCUGUACAUGCAUGGUGGUUGGGGCCUAUGUCGGUGGCUUCCUGAGCUCCCUGGUCCAAGCCAGCUCCGUGUUUCGGCUCCACUUCUGCGGACCCAACAUCGUCAACCAUUUCUUCUGUGACCUCCCACCAGUCCUGGCACUUUCUUGGUCUAAUACUUUCUUCAGUCAAGUGGUGAAUUUCCUGGUGGUGGUCACUGCUGGGGGCACAUCAUUCCUCAUCCUCCUCAUCUCCUACAGUUACAUAGUGGCUGCAGUCUUGAAGAUCUGCUCAGCGGAAGGUCGAAGGAAAGCCUUCAACACAUGUGCCUCGCAUCUGAUGGUGGUGACUCUGUUGUCUGGGAUGGCCCUUUUCAUGUACCUGCGACCCAGCUCCAGCUACUUACUCGGCAGAGACAAGGUGGUAUCUGUGUUCUGUUCGCUGGUGAUCCCCAUGCUAAACCUUGUCAUUUACAGUUUGAGGAGCAAAGAGAUCAAAGAUGCCCUGUGGAAGGUGUUGGAGAAGAAGAAAGUGUUUUCCUAG